AUGGAUCCCUACAAGUAUCGUCCAGCGAGUUCUUACAACUCUCCGUUCUUCACCACCAACUCUGGUGCUCCUGUAUGGAACAACAACUCCUCCAUGACCGUUGGACCCAGAGGUCCUAUCCUUCUUGAGGACUACCAUCUCGUUGAGAAGCUUGCUAACUUCGACAGGGAGCGUAUUCCAGAGCGCGUGGUUCACGCAAGAGGAGCCAGUGCAAAGGGUUUCUUCGAGGUCACUCAUGAUAUAUCUAACCUCACUUGUGCUGACUUCCUCAGAGCUCCAGGUGUUCAGACUCCAGUCAUUGUGCGUUUCUCCACUGUCAUCCAUGAGCGUGGAAGUCCCGAGACCUUGAGAGACCCUCGUGGCUUCGCAGUCAAGUUCUACACCAGAGAGGGAAACUUUGAUCUUGUCGGAAACAACUUCCCUGUCUUCUUCAUCCGCGACGGGAUGAAGUUCCCUGACAUGGUCCACGCUCUCAAACCAAACCCCAAAUCUCACAUCCAAGAGAACUGGAGAGUCCUUGACUUCUUCUCCCACCACCCUGAAAGCCUCAACAUGUUCACUUUCCUCUUCGACGACAUCGGUAUCCCACAAGACUACAGACACAUGGAAGGCUCAGGUGUCAACACAUACAUGUUGAUCAACAAAUCCGGCAAAGCUCACUACGUGAAGUUCCACUGGAAACCAACUUGUGGAGUGAAGUCUCUACUAGAAGAAGAUGCAAUCCGCGUUGGUGGAACCAACCACAGCCACGCAACUCAGGACUUAUACGACUCCAUUGCUGCUGGUAACUACCCUGAGUGGAAGCUCUUUGUUCAGAUAAUCGAUCCAGCUGAUGAAGACAAGUUCGACUUUGACCCUCUCGAUGUCACCAAGACCUGGCCUGAAGAUAUCUUGCCUCUCCAGCCCGUUGGGCGUAUGGUGUUGAACAAGAACAUUGAUAACUUCUUUGCGGAGAAUGAGCAGCUUGCCUUCUGUCCUGCUAUCAUUGUUCCGGGGAUACACUACUCUGACGAUAAGCUGCUUCAGACACGUGUCUUCUCCUAUGCUGACACCCAGAGACACCGUCUUGGACCUAACUACCUCCAGCUACCAGUUAAUGCUCCAAAGUGUGCUCACCACAACAACCACCAUGAAGGCUUCAUGAAUUUCAUGCACAGGGACGAGGAGGUUAACUACUUCCCUUCGAGGUAUGACCCGGUUCGCCAUGCAGAGAAGUAUCCAACUCCACCUGCUGUCUGCUCUGGAAAGCGUGAGAGGUGUAUUAUUGAGAAAGAGAACAACUUCAAGGAGCCUGGAGAGAGAUACCGUUCCGCUGAUAAGUCACUGGGACAGAAGCUGGCGAGCCGUCUGAACGUGAGACCAAA